AUGCACCGCCGAGGGAAUGAGACGCGGCGUCGCUUGCACCCAGCCCUCGAGUCCAGCCGGCUGCCCGGAGAGCGGAGCCGGCAGCUGGCUAUGGGGCAGGGAUCCAGCCCGGGCAGCAGAGGAGCGACCGGUCCGAGGACCCUGCCGAACAUAUUCAUUUUCCUGCUCUUCCUGGGACCGUUUAACUGCUUUGCAAGCUAUAGUCGGGCCAGCGAACUCUUCUACAGCAUCAAUGAAGGACUCCCUGCCGGGUUCCCCAUUGGGAAUCUAGCCCAGGAUUUACAGCUUCUGGGGACUACUGAGGAAGAAGAAAAGGGGGGACUGGUGAGGAAGCAGGAGACCAAGCAAUGGGGGAAAAACCCUCUUUCUUUCAGCUUUGCCUCCCAGGGAGUGGGAAGCCAGUACAUCAGCCUGGACAAUCAGACAGGUGCCCUGUGCACCUCAGCCCAGGAAAUUGACCGAGAAGCACUAUGCAUGGAGGAUAAUGUUGGUUCCACUGUGGUUUCAUCUUCCUCCUCUUCUCCACUUCCAUCCUCAGAGUCAUGCUUGCUCUUGCUAGAUGUUCUGGUGUUACCUCAGGAGUAUUUCCGUCUCGUCAAGGUGAAGAUUGCCAUCCACGAUAUCAACGAUAAUGCUCCGUGGUUCCCCGUGCCGCAGAUACACCUCUUUGUGCCUGAGAAUUCACCCAUCAACACCCGUUUAGCUAUAGAGCAUCCAGCUGUGGACCCAGACAUGGGAACCAACGGGGUUCAGACAUACCAACUACAAGAUGACUUUGGGGUUUUUACUUUGGACGUGGAGGAGAAUGAAAGUGGGGAAAGAACACCUUAUCUAAUUGUUAUGGGUGCCUUGGACAGGGAGACCGCAGACCAAUAUGUUACUCUUAUAACUGCAGAGGAUGGAGGAAUUCCACCCCUGGUGGGCAGUGCCACCCUCACUAUCAAUAUCAGUGACAUCAAUGACAACUGCCCCCAGUUCAAUGAGACCCAGAUCAAUGUCACCAUCUUUGGAAACUCUAGUACUGGGUUGCACAUCGCUUCUGUCCAUGCUGUGGAUAUAGAUCAGGGAAUCAAUGCCGAAAUCACCUAUUCCUAUAGCCAGAAGGUUUCGCUUCUGUCUCGCACCCUGUUCCGUCUGGACGAAAGCACAGGGGUUAUCAAGUUGUUCAAGAGGAUUAACGGUGACACGCCUCGUCUCCAUCGGCUGAGCGUGUUGGCUAAUGGUCCUGGUUGCAUCCCAGCUGUGAUCACUGUGUUGGUAUCCAUCAUCAAAGUUACCAUGAGACCCCCUGAAGUGAUUCCUCGUUUUAUAGCUAAUGAAGCAGAAGGGGUGGUUUACUUGAGAGAGCUGGAACCAGUUAAUACACCAAUUGCGUUUUUUACUAUCAAAGAUCCCGAUGAAAAAUAUAAAGUGGACUGCUAUUUGGAUGGGGAUGGGCCUUUCCGGUUGUCACCUUAUCAACCCUAUCACAACGAGUAUCUUUUGGAGACUACAAAGGCACUGGAUUAUGAGGCUCAGCAGUUGUACGAAAUCUCUGUGAUUGCAUGGAAUACAGAAGGAUUUCAUGUGAAUAAAAUAAUCAGAGUGCAGGUUCUGGAUGAUAAUGACAACUCUCCUGUCUUCUCUCAAGUCUUGAUAGAAUUAUCAAUAGAGGAAAAUAAUGCCCCCAAUGCAUUUUUGACCAAGUUGCAUGCAACAGAUGCUGACAGUGGAGAAAGAGGCCAAGUGUCUUACUUCCUUGGGUCUGAAGCACCUUCAUAUUUUUCCCUAGAUAAAGUUACUGGAAUCCUUACUGUUUCUACCCAGUUGGAUAGAGAAGAAAGAGAAAAAUAUCGCUAUACAGUCAAAGCAGUAGAUUCUGGUAUGCCCCCACGAGAAUCAAUUGCCACUGUGACCAUCUCUGUGUUGGAUAAAAAUGACAACAGCCCAAGAUUUAUCAACAAGGAUUUCAGUUUCUUUGUACCAGAGAAUUUUCCAGGCUUUGGUGAAAUUGGAGUUAUAAGUGUCACGGAUGCAGAUAUUGGGCAAAAUGGAUGGGUUGCCCUUUCUGUGGUCAACAGAAGUGAUAUCUUUGUUAUAGACACUGGGAAAGGUGUGUUGAGAGCCAAGGUCUCUCUUGACAGGGAACAGCAGAGCUCCUAUGUCCUGUGGGUUGAAGCAGUGGAUGGGGGUGACCCACCCUUGUCAUCGACUGCAAAAAUAACCAUCCUUUUACUGGACAUCAAUGAUAAUCCCCCACUGGUUUUGUUUCCCCAGUCUAACAUGUCUUAUCUUCUAGUCCUUCCUUCUACAUUACCUGGAUCUCCUAUCACAGAAGUCUAUGCUAUAGAUAAUGACACUGGCAUGAAUGCUGUUAUUGCAUACAGCAUUAUCGGGAGAAGAGGACCUCGGCCAGAGACCUUCAAGAUUGACCCCAAAACGGGCAACAUCACCCUGGAAGAGUCACUCAUGCAAAAUGAUUAUGGCCUGUAUCGCCUUCUGGUUAAGGUCAGUGACCAUGGUUAUCCCGAACCUCUGCAUUCCACCGUCAUGGUGAACCUCUUUGUCAAUGACACAGUGAGCAACGAGAGCUAUAUUGAAAGUCUUCUGAGGAAAGAAUCGGACAUCAAUAUUGAGGAGAAAGAACCACAAAUCUCCAUAGAGCCCACCCACAGAAGAGCAGAGGCAGCAUCCUGCACCCCGACCUUGGUGACCCUCUCAGUAAUAAGCUUGAGUUCCAUAAGCCUGGUAACAGGAAUGGGAAUUUAUAUUUGCCUAAGGAAGGGGAGAAAAUAUCACAGAGGGGAUGAGGGUUUGGAAGUACAAAUCCCAUUAAACGGAAGAAUUGAUCUGCUUCGGCUGGAGAAGAAACCAGUGGAGAUUUCCAAUAUCUGAUGGCC